AGUACCUGUUCUACACGUGUCAAUUACUGUAACCCUGAGAAAAGACAACGGAAAAGUUUCAGGAUGAAGCCCAGGAGGCUCCUGUCAUCUGUGGAUCUUCUCCCUACGAUUCUAGAGCACCAGGAGAGCAAGCCUCGGGUUCAGCUUCUGGAUGACUACAUAGACUCCAUACGAGAGCUGUCCCAACCGACCUACCCUCUCAGCGGGCCCAUGCAGGGCUUCCGGCUGUCCUCGCUACGCAUGUCCAAAUACCCGACCAUGUCACUGGCCACUGCAAGUACUGUCCUUACUUACAAGCCCUGGGCUGUGAUUGGACCAGAACAUGUAUUGAUAACUUUGACAGACUCUCCUACAUGUUCAAACCAAGACCCUCUGGACUGGCUGUUUGCGCAAGAACAGCAUGAUGGGGUCUCGCUUCCAGAGAACAGUCAAGAAGAUUUAUGCAUGAUGUAAUGACAUGAAAUUUACAUAA